AUGGCUCUUCGCACUCUCUCCUCCGUCCCCGCACGCGCUGGCGGCGCCCUCCCGGCCGUCGCGACUGCCGCGUCGUCCAGCGCGCGCUCGGUGUCGUCGUCGGCACCUCGCCAGACCGAGGCCGAGCACGACCAGCACCGCGUCAGGGUCGCUCCCAACACGGCUGCCAGCAACGGGUCGCACAAGGUCGAGCACAAGACCGCUGCUGCCGGUGGACACUCGAAGCGCACGCUCCCCAGCUUUUCGAUGGACGGCAAGGUGUGCGUGGUGACUGGUGCUGGCCGCGGCCUGGGCAACGAGAUGGCACGCACUCUUGUCCAGUCUGGCGCCAACGAGCUCGUCGUUCUCGACCUCGUCGAGGAGCAGGCCGCCGCGGCUGCCAAGGAGAUUGAGGAGUCGUUUGUGAGCCAGGGCCUGGCGCCGCCUGGCGAGAUUACGGCUGUGGGCAUUGGGUGCGAUGUCGCCAACGAGGAGAGCGUCAAGGCCGCGUUCCAGCGCAUCAAGGACCUGUUUGGCCGCGUCGACGCGCUCGUCACCGCUGCUGGCAUCGUCCACAACUACACCGCCGAGGAGUACCCGACCGAGAAGAUCCGCCAGCUCAUGGACAUCAACGUCAUGGGCACGUGGUUCUGCGCACUCGAGGCGUCCAAGCUCAUGCCCAAUGGCGGUUCCAUCAUUCUCAUCGGCAGCAUGAGUGGCAGCAUUGUCAACAUCCCCCAGCCCCAGACCCCGUACAACUUCUCCAAGUCGGCAGUUCGCCACAUGGGCCGCUCCCUUGCUGUUGAGUGGGCCAAGAGGGAUAUCCGUGUCAACGUCAUCUCGCCUGGCUACAUGUGCACUGCCCUCACCAAGGCUGUUCUCGCCACCAACCCUAUUCUCGACAGUGCAUGGCACAGCGCAAUUCCUGUUGGCCGCAUGGGAGACCCGGCCGACCUUGGGGGGGCUGUCGUCUACCUCGCUUCGGAUGCCAGCAGGUACACCACCGGAUCGGAGAUCGUCAUCGACGGCGGCUACACUGCCGUCUAG